CCUUCCCCCGCCCAGCGAGGCGGCGCUGUACCUGACUGAGCGGCGGGAGUGAGGGUUCAGAGAUGGGCAGUGAGAAGGAGCAGAGUCCAGAACCACACCUGCCUGAGGAAGGGGAAGCGGGUAAGCCUUGGAGAGUGGAUGGCUCAGAGGGUUCUCACAUCCCAUCUGGGGAAAAGGAUCAUGGGCAGGAGAACUCACUGAUGAGGCCACAAGGAACACAUUCAGAAGAGGCAUGGCAGAAAAUCAUUGCCCCAGCUGAAGGACCAGAGAAUCCUAUUGCUCCUCCAAAGCCUGAGGCAGAGGAGAAGCCCUUUAUAUGUGUUCAGUGUGGCAAAACCUUCACCAAUACCUCUAACCUGAGAACACACCUACGGAUCCACACUGGUGAGAAGCCUUACAAGUGUUCCGAAUGUGGUAAGAGCUUUUCCCGAAGCUCCAACCGCAUCCGGCAUGAACGGAUCCACCUGGAAGAGAAGCACUACAAAUGUCCCAAAUGUCAGGAGUGCUUUCGGCGGCGCUCAGACCUCACCACGCACCAGCAAGAUCACCUGGGCAAGCGGCCAUACCGCUGCGAUAUCUGUGGUAAGAGCUUCAGCCAGAGUGCCACACUGGCUGGGCAUUAUCGGACCCACCUGGAGCCAGCGCCCUACAUCUGCUGUGAGUGUGGGAAGAGCUUCAGCAACAGCUCCAGCUUUGGAGUGCACCACCGCACCCACACUGGUGAGAGGCCAUAUGAAUGUGCUGAAUGCGGGCGGACCUUCAGUGAUAUCUCCAACUUUGGAGCACACCAGAGGACCCACAGAGGGGAGAAGCCCUACCGGUGCACUCUUUGUGGGAAGCAUUUCUCCCGGAGCUCAAAUCUUAUUCGUCAUCAGAAAACACACUUGGGUGAGCAGAAUGGGAAAGAUUCCAGCUGAAGGGAAGCUGCAGUUAGAGUGGGAAGAGAGAGUGAGCGACCCAUUCUAAUGGAGGAAGAAGACCUUUAGGAUCUGUUGCUGCCACUUUGAUUUCAAGUGCUUCAUCCCACUUUGGAGAUUGGUUUCCUGUUGCCUCCGAAGCCAGGAUCUCCAAGAAAUCCUGAGAAGGGACUCUGAAUAAAAAUCCUCCCGGGCAAUUUCUUGCCAUAGAAAGUCAGAGAACCCAGUCCUGGCUUUACCUUGUUGGAUGUGAAAGAGAAGUAGGGGAGGCUCCAGACAUGUUCAUGUUAUUGGGUUAGCAGUUCUCUGGCCUUUGAGGAAGCACCUGUGAGAUGGCAUCACUGUCUGAAGUACCUUCAUAUUGUCCAUGAACUGUUUAGGGUACACUGCAGUGGGCUGCUAGGUUCCUACCUGCUGUACCCCAACUCAAGUCGUGCUUCUGGAUCUGGAGGCUGGGAGGAGUGGCCCUCCUAAUGGAAGGGUCCUUCUUGGCCUGAGAGGAGGUUUGAGGUUCUGUCUUAGGAAUGAAAGAGAAGCCCACUAGAAUCGUCACACUCCCCCAUAUUUGUUACCUAUUAUCCCCACUUCACUCUCCAUUUGUUUCCUUGUGAUGAUUAGCACUUAAUGAUUCAACAAAAAAGACCCAUGGACCAACUUGAAGAGGGGGGGAGUGAGGGAGAGUGUCCCAGUGCAGCCAUUCUGGAAGGGAACUGAAUUCUAACAAAGAAAGAUGGGAGCUGGAGUUAUGGCUCAGUGAUAGAGCACUUGUCUCGCAAGUGUGAGGCCCUGAGUUUGAUCCUAGCA